ACGGAGUUGAGAGCUGGUCACUAAACUUCACUUGAUUCAAUCUGUCAUAUACAACAAACAAGAUGAGUCUCAGUUCUAAGGACAAGGCAACCGUCAAGGCCUUCUGGGCAAAGGUAGCACCUAAAACUGAAGAAGUCGGAUCCGACGCUCUGUCCAGAAUGCUGGUGGUGUACCCGCAGACCAAGACCUACUUCUCUCACUGGCCAGACCUGAGCCCCGGCUCUGCUCCUGUGAGGAGUCAUGGAAAGACCAUCAUUGAAGGUGUUGGUGAAGCCGUCUCCAAAAUCGAAGACCUUACCGGAGGUCUCAUCAACCUCAGUGAGCUGCACGCCUUCCAACUGCGAGUGGAUCCUGCUAACUUCAAGAUCUUCUGCCACAACAUCAUUGUGGUUCUGGCCAUCAUGUUCCCCGAUGAGUUCACCCCAGAGGCUCAUGUGUCUAUUGACAAGUUCCUCGCUGCCGUGUCUUUGGCUCUGCAAGAGAAGUACCGAUAAACUGCUGAACAUCUUUCAGAGAUAUUUCAGAGACAACAUUGCUCAGGGGUAGGCCUACUCUGUAGUUCAAAACUAAAUAAAUGUUGAAACAAA